CGAUAAGUACAAUAAGACAAAACAUGUUGUGCUGUCCGUAGGAUCGACUUGGUUGUACAAGAUUCUCUCACAGUUUGUUGUAGGGACAAGUUUAGCGUAUCACACCAAUUGCAACACAGGGAGUUUGGCCACACGUGGUCUAUGAGGAACCCUUUUGCCUGAAUGCUCCAUCUUUGAGGGUCUUGACUCGCGAGGAAAGGAGCAAACGGCAGAGAGAGAGAGAGAGAGAGAGAGAGAGACAGAGAGAGAAGACGAAGGAGAGUUGGGUUUUGAUAGCUCAACGCAGUCAUCUUUUCCGGCGAAACUGGAGAUUGCGGUGAAUGGACGACAAGAAGUCCGAUGAGUCGCUACCGGCCGGCUGGAGAGUGGAGAUGAGAACGAAGAAGAAUGGUAAAAGGGACAAGAUUUUGGCUCUGACAGAAAAUGAUAUAUAGGAAGUGGAAAGAAGAUUACUUGGGAUGCUGUCAAAAGGUUUGCAUGCUAUGGCGAUUGUGACCUUGAUGAGAUGGAAUGUAGGAUAUUAUCUAGAGAUUAGCUAAUUGGGGGUGGUAAGCCUUGUCUCGCCAUUGUAAUGCUUCCACUUUCUCAUUCUGCUGAAGGUUGUUCCUGGAACAGACCACAAGAUGUGGAGGAAAAUUUAGAGAUAUGGCCGUGAAUUCCUUUUGUUUCAACUCUCCUGAGAUGGCUAGGAAGUAGUGCUGUGAUACGCUUAAACUUUCAAUAUUCCUAAUGAUGCGUCCAGCUGUAACUAUUUCGUCAAUUUUGUCUGAUUAGUUGUGAAUAUUCUGAUAGAAGAAAAUAUCAAUGGCCCUACCAGUUCUAGGUCAUCUUUCGGCAAGCUAAUUGAGUUCAUAGUUCCUGUCGAUGAUUGGGUUCACUGCAGCCUUACUUUCCUCCUCUUGGCACUUUGAUUAUUCUUGAAGGUUGUAGUUGAAAAAAGUGCUGCUGAAGGGUUACCAGCGGGAUGGAUCAAGGAAAUCAAAGUAACCAAGAAAGGUCGUAAAGUUAGACGAGACCCGUAUUACUCUGAUCCAAUAAGUGGAUAUGUAUUCCGUUCGAUGAGGGAUGCGCUACGCUAUGUCCAAACAGGGGAGCCUGGAAAGAAGGCAUUCAAGCCUAGGGAAAAAGGGGACAAUGAUGAAGACUUGGAAGAUGAUAAAAGCUGUUCUCCUGCUGAAGCUGAUGAACAGAAGUUGGAAACCGGAGAACCAAGUGGAGAGACAAUGGAGGACUUAAAAGUCAAUGGGAUGGUACCAGAUGAACAGGAUCAUCAUUCUGCUAGUACAAAAGAAUGUUCAUCUCUCCUGGAAGAUGCUUCAGAUCAAUGUAGGGUGAGUGCCCAAUUAAAUAGCUCAAGCUUGCCAGAAACUAAGCAGCCACCACAGACACAAGAUCCUAGUGAAAGCAAACCUGUACCUUGUACUUCAGCUGAAGUUGUCUCAGAUCAGCAGACAUUAGACAGUCAAAUGAUACAGGAUGAAGUCAAGAAGACCCAGCACAGGUCGAAAAGGAAAAAAGAGCUUAAUGUACCUCGACGAGCUUCAAAACGUCUUGCUGGAAUUGCACUUGAGCCAACACCAGAACUUAAGACACCAACUAGAGCCCGUCGAACUGCCAUUCAACAGUCCAGCAAGGCAAUAGUCAGUGAAGGUCAGGAUCCUUCACCUGGUGAUCAAGUUCAAGAGGCAUCGGCAUGUCUUGAUAAGGUAGAAUCUGAGCCAAAAGCAAACUGUGCCUUUGAGUCUCCUAUACUUGUAGAAAUUUCCCUGGAGUCAAAUAAAAGCCAGCAUCCUUCCGAGCAUUCGGGUGUUUCAAAUGGAGACUCCGGAGUGGUAGUAGCAAUAGGGAAUGAAGGUGAUAAGAGGCAAGACUGCACGGCCAUUUGUCCUGUGCAGAAUGUAGCUGUUACUGGAGCAUCGUCCCAGAAGUCCAGUAAUAAUGAGAUUUCAGGACCUAGCAAUAAUGAUGGUAAUGCAAUGUCAGGACUUACCGAUAUUGAUGCUAACGAGAUGUCAAGACCUUCUACUGACUUGCCUCUUGCAGACUUGUGGACCGACCCAUGCAUAGCAUUUGCAAUAAAACUCUGACUGGAAUAACUUUUGACCCUCCGAGGAGUUCAAAAAUGUCAUCAGAAUCAAAAUAAUAGAUCAUAUCCUUCCCAAGACUUGUCUAACUUGGAAAGGGCA